AUUGUGAUCUGAUAUGAGAAGAAAGCAAAUAAAGGGUGCAAAACAUUGAAAUAUCUUCCUUCAACCAAAGGUAAAAAAGAGCAAGACAGAAAUGUCGAGUGAGAGCUUGUUUGAUCCUGAGGACGAUUCCAACGAUCCGGACGCAUGGUUGGACAAGGGUCUAGAAGUGGGAUUAGCUCUGCAAAAUAGGAUUGACAAGCUUACUUGCAGCAUCUGUCAAACCACCUUCCAAAGACUCACCUUUCUGGAGGCGCAUAUGGCCUCGCACAUAAAAUCGCAGGAAUUCAAGUGCGAUGUUUGCAGUAAGAUCUUUCAUCACGAGGCCAAUUUGAAAGCGCAUAAAAGCUACCACAAGGACGCCGAACUGAGGCUCAAAUGUCAGUUCUGUGAUGAAUUUGUCAAAGGCAAAAGAGGCCUUCACAAUCACGUCAAGCGGUUCCAUACCAUGUUCAGUUGUGAAUUCUGUGAGGAUAAAUUCACUUUCACCAAGCUUAAAAGUCAUCUGAAAAAGAGCCAUAGACCCGAGCAAAGGGGAUCCGAGAAAGUCAAUUGCGAUAUGUGUGAACUGUCGUUCAGUUCCAGUAGAGCUCUUAUGAGUCACAAACGAUCGCACGAUCCGAAACUCUCAAUUCAAUCAGGCAAGGUAGCGCCUAAAGCUGCCGUGAAUUGUGAAUUUUGCGGCCAGGCUAUGGCCAAUGCAGCAUGUUUGAAGAUUCAUUUUAGGCGGAUUCACCUGGAAACUGAAUGUCAAGAAUGUGGAAAAUUGGUGCCAAACAUGACGCAGCAUCUCCGGAUGGCUCAUUCUCAAUUCCCGAGUAAAAGUGCGCCUACGGUUUGUCCCGACGAGUCUUGUUCCAAGACGUUCACAGACUACUAUCAAGCUCAGCGUCAUCACAAACGGGUUCAUCUCCAAAUCCAAUGCCCUAGACAGGAGUGCCCGGUGUGUGGCAAACUGGUGAUCCGACUCUCGGUUCACAUGGACCAGGUUCAUGGUGAAAAUCGCUACGAAUGUCGGAUCUGUGGCAAGUUCUUUCCGGUUAAGAGCACGCUAGAGAGACAUGUUCAAAAUGUGCACCAUCCGGUCAAGGCUGAUUGCCCGUUUUGCGAGGUUGAGGUCAAGUUGUUCCAUUUACCUCGUCAUCUGACCUCUGUCCAUACGCUAGAUCCAAAAAGUGCGGGUGAACUGGUAGAGGGGAUCGCGGGCAAGUCUGCUGCCCGCACUGACCUUCAAUGGACGGCUUUUUCCACUUAUAAGGAGCAAGCUGAAUGUGUUGAUUAAUCUUGAAUAUAAUCCCAAUGCUUCCAUGACUCUUUAAAGCCUCGCAGUAACUUGGAUGAUGCUUCUUUUUCAG